GGGAGCUUUCCCUUCUUUCCCAUUCUUCCCCUCCCAUCUCCUGGCUUCGUUAACCGCCUACCAUCUCCCCUCCUUCCGUGCCUCCCAAUCUCCGUCAAAUUUUCCUCUCCAAAACCCCCGAUUCUCGCCCAUCCCCCUCGAUCCGUAAAAACCUAGAACCCAUGUCCUCAUCUUAGGUUUUCCUCUCAGAUUAGGGUUUCUCGAGAUCCCUCUCUCUCGAACCCUAUCCCAAAACCCUACCAUCCCUCCUUUGUCUCCAAUCUUGUUCUUGGAGGCUCCGCCUUGCUUUCUAGGUGUGGGAGAGCGCUUGCUUCUUUCGUGCCUCCUCCAUUGUCUGCCAUCGGAGCUCAGCUCGAUUGGGAGAGUUGAGGGGGCCCGAGAGAGAUUUCGAUCUCAAUGGAGGCUGCCGCCGGCCGCGGCGGGUCCCUUCCCGUGCCUUCCUCUCAGCCAGCUAGAAAAGAAUGGCGUGCCGUCUCCCAACAUUCCUUCCGAAACAAUGGAGGCGAGGAGCAGGAGCAUGUUAAACCAGGGCAAUCCGACGAGAGAACGGUAUAUGAGGUGCAGGAGGGAAUUGGGCCACUGGAUGUGGACUUCUGUUCGAUCACAAUUGACGACGGGGAUUUGAAUGAUGAUAUAUUGCACCAGAGGCUGCAAAGUAUUACCAGGCAGAGAAAGGAGCUGCAGCAGAUGGAGAUUCAGAUGCAAGCGCAGGUCAUUGCCAGGUCGGAAAUUUUAGAGGUGCAGAACAGCUUUGAAGCCCGGAUCAAGGAGCAUGCCAAUGAUGCUUCUAAACUAAAGGAACAACUACAAGAAAGAGAACAACACAUACAUGAGUUAGAGAUGAAAUUGGAAGAGAAGGAUAGAGAGCUACGUGCUAUGAAAAUUGACAAUGAAGCGGCUUGGGCUAAGGAGGACCUUCUUAGAGAACAAAACAAAGAGUUAGCCACCUUCAGAAGAGAGCGAGAUAACUCAGAAGCAGAAAGAGCACAGCACGUUAAGCAAAUCCAUGAUCUGCAACAACAUAUACAAGAAAAAGAAAACCAGUUGCUUGCUUUGCAAGAGCAGCAUAGGAUUGCACAGGAAACUAUUCUUUACAAGGACGAGCAAUUAAGAGAGGCACAAACUUGGAUUGGUCGUGUUCGAGAAAUGGAUGCUUUGCAAUCCACAACCAACCAGUCACUACAAGCUGAGCUACGAGAACGCACUGAGCAGUUUAACCAAUGUUGGCUUGGUCUUCAACAACAGUUUGUGGAAAUGGAGCGGCAUCAUCUGCAAGCCAUACAGCAGCUCCAGCUGGAUUUGGCUGAGGCAAGGGAACGAAGUGGAAUGUACAAAGAUAAUUCACGCGUGCCUCAUGAGAACUCAAAGGAUUCAUCUUCAUAUGUACAAAGCAAUGGAAACCAGAUUAAUGCGAAUGUCAGUGGAACAUCAAAUGGAAACAUGGGGUUCUUAUCUAAUGGAAAUUUGGAUGGGGGUUCAUCUUUUAUUUCAGCUUCCAAUGCAUCUAAGAAGAGUGAACAUAUUUCUGGUGUUCCAGUUGUUCCAUCUUCCAUAGUUGGGAUUGGUGCUUUUCUUCCUCCUGGCCAGAUGACUUCUUUGCAUCCUUACUUGAUGCAUCCACAAGGUGUUCCACAAUCAGCAUCAUCAACCAACUCUUCCAUUCCUCAACCUCAAAUGGGCCAUUUUCAGCCAUUAUCUACAAUUCCAGCUCACCAGCAGUGGCAAAAUGAACAGAUGGUGCCAGAUAUCACACAGAUACCUAAUCAGAACAAAUAUCAACCAUCUGAAACAGAGCAGAAUCUUUUAAGAUCAGAUGCUAAUUAUAGGUACAAGGUGGCUGCUGAAAGACAGGUAGUCCAUCCAGAUAAUCUCCACAACCACAUUAGCCAACAGCAGAAAUCUAGUCCUGUAAUCAGUGGAUCUAGUGAAGAAGCUCAGGUUCUUGAAUUAAAUGGCAAACCGUACCCAGUGUCCCAAGAACCACAGGAGACGUUGAAUGCAAACUCUCAGUUGAAUUCUACAUUUGGAUUUGAACCACCAGGACAUAAUAGUGAGCUUAAGGUACAGGAUAAGACAGUGGCUGCAGUCUACCAAUCACAGGACCCAGUUUUGACAUCAGGACAACAAUGGUCAGCUUCGAGUGUGGUUGAGUCUGUUGCUCCAAACAACUCUUUAAGCUCCAAUAUUGCAGUAGAAUGCAAUGAGAACAAAAUGAAUUUUCCUGAAGCUCCUGUCUCAGCUGUACGAACAUCAAAUCCAAUGAUACCCACAAAACCUGUGGAGCCUAUUCUUCUAGAUGAAAGGUCACUUUUGGCUUGUAUAGUACGUGCUAUUCCAGCUGGAUCGGAUGGUCGAAUCAGGAUCAGCACAACUCUACCAAAUAGGCUGGCAAAAAUGCUUGCACCUCUUCAUUGGCAUGAUUACAAGAAACACUAUGGCAAGCUUGAUGACUUUGUGGCUCAGCAUCCAGAAUUAUUUGUAAUUGAAGGGGACUUUAUUCACCUUCGUGAAGGAGCUCAAGAAAUUAUAUCGGCUACUACAGCUGUUGCGAAAGUUGCUGCUGCUGCUGCAUCUUCUGUGCCUUACUCAUCAUCGAUGCCUUCUGUAGCUGUCACUCCUGUUGCACAGAGCAACCGCCAAAAAAAGGCACUGUCAGUUGAUUUGAGACCUGCAAAUAAUAUGUCAUUCAUGGAUGGUGCUGUUCUGACAAACUCUGGUGAUUCAUAUGACAAGCAUUCACAGAUUUCAAAAGUGCAUGACCAACAAUCAAAUGGUGUCAGCUUUAACAUCAUUCAAGGGCUCUCAGAUGUUAAAAUUUCAAGCAAGUCAAAAAAUCUCCAGGAACUCAAUGGUUUAUCUUCUGAAAUAGGACCUGGUCAUUCAUCCAUACACAUUGUAGUUGGAAAUGGAACAAAUAUUGAUAGAACAGGUUUGUCCUCUCCACAAAGUAAAGGACUAAGUAAUGGAAGACAUGGUUUUGGAGGGAAACAGCAUGGAAGGCCUUCUGGGGUUGGCUUGAUUUCCAGAAGAUGAAUUUGACAGGUGUGAAAUACCACUGGACCUGAUGAACAGCUGUGAAGCGAUGCAUUUUUUCUUGAUGUCCUCCGGUUGGAUUCCUGCUGACCAUUUCUUUUAAAAUUUCUUAUUGAACCUUGUGCCUUCCAUUCUGUGUGGAAUUUUUUGCUCCGCCAGUUCUGUUCUUGAAUUUGUAUUUACAAUGGAAGGCAGUAAAAUCGAAAAGAUUUUGCAACUGUGCAAUAUUUGCUGCAUUCUGUUUGAUCAAUUGAAUGAGGUUAAAAAGUAUAUUAGAA